AUGGAUAGGGCUCCAGCAAGCGCCAAGCCUCGACGUUCUAUUGUCAGGGGUCAUAUGCACCAACGCUGCGCCGCAGGAUUGCCGCCGAAGGAUUCGUUCUCUAACGCACGCCAGGGAACUGCGGAGUUGAAAGAAUGUCACGUUCGCCAGACACGGGCCAAAUUCCGUUCCGCUGCUCAAGCGCUAUAUUUGAACCUCUGCCCUCUCAUGCAUCAAUCGGGAAUACUGAGAAAGACAGCAAUGUUCUUAGCGACGCGUCAGUUGCUUCUUGUGGGAACAGCGGCGAGUUUUCUGCUGCUGCUGUGGUACACGCAGAGGAUCUUUGUGUCCCGUACCGUUUCGCUGCCAGCCCCGACGUUGACUCCAACACCGACACCAGUGCCAACGCCAGCUGAGCGGGUCUCAACAACGCCUAAACCUCCCGUACAGAGUGCAGGAAACAGCACCUUAGGUUUUCAAUCCAUCCUCGCACUUUCCACUGGCCCUUCAUGGCGAACGCGAGGAUUACUCGCCGCAGCGAGCCUUACGGGGUUGGAUAUCCAGAUCCCACCCCAGCCGCCGGUCAAUCCCAAUCUUGUUGAUGCUUUCGAGCACAUGGGGCCUGACAAUGUCCAACACCCAAGCCAUGGUGCCAGUAUCGCCUGGCUCGCGCAUCUUGAUUUAAUCAAACACACCAUCCAAGCGAACCUGGACACGGUCCUUAUCAUUGAAGACGACGUCGACUGGGACGUAUCAAUCCGGUCGCAGAUGGUACAAAUUGCUGAAAGUGUACGCAACCUAACCCAUAUCGACACUCUUGACCAGGAUAUGGAACCCUAUGGCCGAGAGUGGGAAGUCCUUUGGAUCGGCCAUUGCGGCGAGUACUGGGAAGAGCAGUUUGAAACGGUUCUAUAUGACGACCCAACGGCGUGUCCACACAGUGACUAUUUCGGCUGGGCAAAGCAGUAUAUUGAGCGUUUGCCGGAUCGCCAACGCGCCGUAUACCGGUCGGUUAAUCCGGUCUGUUCUUUUGCAUAUGCCCUGUCGAGAGAGGGCUCUCGGAAAAUCUUAGAAGUGCUCGGUGGGGCGCAAGAUGAGGCCUUCGAUGUGAGUAUGAUGCAUGCUUGUAAGGCGGGUCAACUUAAAUGCAUUUCGGUGGUGCCCGAGGUUGUUCAUCAGUAUUUCCCAGCCCAGUCGUUUGGUGUGAAGAGUGCUGUGGAUGUUGGUAAUGGGCAGGAGCCUGGUCCGGAGGAAGCCGAAUUUGAGCAUGUAAUGGGUUCCACGGAAAAUAUUCUGGAAAGUGCCCGCUGCCGGGCCUUAUGGGGCCAGAGGUGCUUGAGGAAGCAGUGA